AUGUCGGCGAACCGCUUUCCCAAGUUCCCAGAUUUGCCUGCGGAGCUGCGACGCAUGAUCUGUUCGUUCUGCAUCCCCGGCCGCCGAGUGUACGAGAUGCACACCGCGAUGUUAGAGCAUCAUGACAACGUCCUCGGUGGAUCUGCCUACGAAGGUGACAAUGGAUCCACGCUCUGGUGGUCGUGGUCUGGUCGCUUUCCAGUCAUCUCUCACGUGUGCCGCGAAGGACGUGAGCUUGUCCUGGAAAGCCACGUCUAUAUAACUGCCGAAGCGGGCAAGCUGGAUGACGACGGCGUUCCUUGCCCGGAAUGGGAAACCUGGAACGAAUGCCUGCCAGUACGGCUCCGCAAAGGCUUCGACGUCGUACAUCUGCACUGGACUCGAGAGUACUACUACCCGAUCUAUCUCCCCGGCCCCCCAAACCCGCUACUAUAUUUUCAAUGGCUGGCCAACCAAGCCGCAGCAGCAUCCGUCAGUGCUGAACUCUUACAUGCCUUCGACAGUGGUACGACCAGUUCUAGGAUCACCCCUGAAGAAGUGAAAUACUUCAGUCCUUACAAACUUUAUUACGUCGUCUUAACUAUCGUCGAGAUCCAUAUGACGUACUACGAGGCCGCCCACGCUGGCGUGUUUGGCAGGCUGGGCGAAGAACCCAUCCAGCUGGUCGACCCGAGAGAUACCACAGCAGUGGCCAGGCUCCGGGAUGUUUGGAGGCGCCACCGGUUGCCGUCAGAGGAGCCGGAGCACGCCGAGUUUUUCUCCCGCGCGGUCGACUCGGCCGAGGCAUACUGCGCACGUAUAGAGCAGUGGCGCCAGGAGCUGGAGACGGUGUGGAUAUGGUACAAGUGUCAGGAGCUCCGGGUCCCAAACGAGACUCUGUCAGAAAUCUGGCCAGACCCAAACAGACCAGCGGGGCAUCCCGUCCAUCUCGCUUUCGCUUUCCCCUUCCGCCGUCCCGGCGCUCCAACCUCUUCGGCUCUCUACAACCGCCGAGGGCCCAACAAGGAGCACCCAUGGGUGCAGGCACAGUUGGCGCUAAUGCCUCGCUUUGAGCCGGCUCUAAUGUUUCGCCAUUGCGCUCGAAUGUGC